CAAACAAAAAAAAUCAGCGGGUGGACCCAAACAUAUACUACUUUAUGGCAGAUGUACAUUACCCUAAGUCGGAGCAGGAUGCUUGAGGAAGUGGAGCAGGGAAGAAGCAGACCGCUCGGCUCCAGCAUUAGUUGAGUUUCUUAGCUUUGAACGUUAGCCGAUCACAGACAGCGGACAGUUCCGGGUACAAAGGCGCGCCUCAGCCGGGCUCCGGCGGGUCCGUGGGCUCUGAUGUUUCAAACAAAGUGAAAAUAGCUGGCUUCGGGGCCGCAUACACACCGGAGGCGGACCAGCUCCUGCAAGUGGUGCCACAUGCAGAAUGUGGAGCUCCUGAGUUCUCACAGACCUAUGGUGUGGCCAUGUGCUUUGAAGACUCGGACAGUGAUGUACAGAGCACUGGCACAUCAAUGCCUGCAAAAGUUGACAUGAUCAUUGACAGCCUCAGAAGCUCCCAGUCUUCUCAGGACACUGCCAAGGGGUAUGAAGGACCAGGGCAAGCAAGUCACAGUUUGCACAAGGCAGGAUCUGUGGCUGAGCUAAAAGAUGUUAAAGCAGAGACCCAUAGCCAGCACUCAGACAGUAGUGAUUCAGUGGACAGAGAAAUUGAGGAAGCUAUUCAAGAAUACUUGAAGGAGAAGUAUGAUAAGAAUAGAAUGGCAGCUGUUGAUUUGGUGCAGGAGUCCAAAAAACCCAGUAGGAAAAAAAUUAAGCAUGAAUUCAAGCCAAAUAGCAAUGCAAGCCUCGCUGCAGACAACAAAGUCCGAAAAACGAUGGUCAAUAAAUCAACGAUGGUGGAUAAUAAAUGCGUUGGGACUAAAAGAUUUUCUGAGCAUCAUUUAUUGAAUAAAAACAAAGGACUUAGUAGGGGUUUGGUCCACAAAUGUUACUCUUCUCUAGAAAUUACUAAACAUCCUGUAAACUCAGGUCUUCAUUCUCACCAGGAAAAAUAUUUGUCUUGCUCCUUUGACAAUGAUGGAACUGAAGAGGAAACUCAGAGAUAUCAAGCUUGGGAAGAUAAGGCAAAGCUUUCACACGGUACCUUUACAUCUUUAGAGUUAAAGGAAGAAUCUGACUCCAGCACUGCUGAUCGGAUUGAGGAGGUGAUUCAGAGAUACAAGCCGGAGAAACAAAAUCAGAAUGCCAAAGUUUCACAGAUACUCUGUAAACCCUUAGAACUAAAAGAAGACUGUGAGUCUAGUAGUGAUGAUGGGAUUGAAGAGGCGAUUCAGAGAUACAAGCUCGAGAAACAAAACCAGGAAGCCAAAGGUUCACAGAUACUCUGUAAACCCUUAGAAAAACAACAAGAGGCUGACUCCAGCAGUGAUGAUGGGAUUGAAGAGGCGAUUCAGAGAUACAAGCUAGAGAAACAAAGGGAGAUGGCUGAACACUCUCUGCAGCUCGGGAAAAACCCCAUAGAAGCCAUUCAUCAUUUCAAGCUAAAGAACCAAAAAAUUUACCAGAAAAGGGUAACAGAAAAGCACAAGCUUUCUAAAAAGAAAAACAUGCAAAAGAAUAAAAAACAAAAGCCUAGGACAAAUCAGUUCACAGCCUCUGAAACGCAGAUGGUUUUAAAGAAAUGCUCAUCAAAGAAGAAAAUGGAAGAUCUGACAACUGUGCCAGUUACACCAGUAGUCUCCUGUCCCAGUCAAAAUAUGCCACUGAGCAGAUGUAAUAUUAAUAACAACAGUGUUUCUUCAACCAGAAAUAUCCCACCAGUGCAGUCACCGAUUGCAGCAUCCAUUAAUGUUAAUACUUCUUCUGGGUUAAUAGGUGCAAAGACCAUUCUAGACAUUUCUAAAACCAUCAUGCCUGCAACCAUGAAUCAUAUGGUGACAUUAACCACCAGCUCUGUUUACCGAUUGCCUUUCUUGAGUAGGGAUUCCAUAAAUAGCCAUGACAACAAUAACAAUAGCUCACUGGACAGAGGUGAUAAUGCUGCAAAUGAAGUCAGUGAAUUACAUGAAUCUGAUGCAGGAACUCAGAAGCAGUCAUGUGAAACACUGUCUUCAAGCAAGAAUGGAGCCAUCACUGAGCAACAAAACAAGGCCAACCUUUCCCAUAGUAGGAAGAUGCGACUCUCCUUGUCUCGGAAAAGGAAAAUGAAAGAAGAUUUUCAUAUGGAAGAAAGAUCUCAGCAUAAGAGUUUGGUGCUUGGACACACAAACAAUGUUUCACUGACCAGCAUAUCAACAAGUUCAGCAAAGACCCGUGAAGAUCUUGGUUUGAAGCACACUGCAAAUAUGGAAGAAGGUGUGAAAAAAAAUGGGGAAAAGGACUCACUACACAUAAAAGAGAAUACUCAAAUAAUAUCAAAAUCUCACAAACAAGACUGUGCAGUUUUGAACAAAUCAGGAAUAAUUUCACAUAGAAGGGAAGAGACUGGAGAACUGGAUGAAGAUAAGAGCAGUUCACUGGAAAGUGAUGAAGACCUUCACACAGCAAUUAAAGACUUGCUAAAAAAUAAAAAGAAGACAAUGGAUACAGGGCUGAAAUCCAAAAAGAGUGUUAGUUUUGGAACUGUGCAGUUAUGCCGUUCGGAUGUAAAUAUAUCAGAUAAAGGAACCCCUGCUGAAUCCAAUAGGACAUAUUUUGAGCCAGACAAGAGCUGCAAUUCAAAAAAUGUCAAACUGGCAAGAAAACAGAAACUGAUAAGCAACAGACAUUUAAAACGGAAAAUGAAUCAGGGCAGCAUUGAGAGGCUGGAUGGUGAGAUGAUCACAGAAAAGGAAGUGCAGACUGGUACCACGAUGUGUGGUACAGCACAUAGUAAUCAGGGCAUAGAGAAAGUCUUUGGGUCUUCAGACAGUGACGACAGAAUGGAGCAUGAGAUCAGCGCGCUCAUAGUGAAGAAAGACAGGAUUUCCAAAGAAAUAAAAUUUGUGGAACCAUACAGGAUUAGCACUAGACUUUUUGCUCAUUCACUGGCAGCCAAGGAAUUACAUCUAGAAUCUCAGCUGCCAGAUUCUCAAGCAAGUGCUGAAGGUCAGUACUCAACUGAAGCUCAGUACUCAGUUGCUGGAGCUCAGUACUUCUCUGUAUCAGAACAGCCAGCGAGUGUAGAAGGCCGGGUUCCUCAGAGUAUGUCUGUAGAUCUGCAGUCAUGCUCUACGUUUUGGACUGAUAAUAGCGCAUAUGUCAAGACAGAAGCAGCUGAGCACACACUAAAAAAUGACCAGCUGAAUGAGGCAAUUGAGCUUAAACCAGAAAGUACUGUAAAAAGGAGCCCAUUGGUCCCCA